AUGGAGAACGGACAUGAAAGGCCUUAUCGGUCCCACACAAAGCCCGCAUGCAUACCCUGCCGCCGGAGGAAAUCGCGAUGCAAAAUUGAGCCACACUCAGAGGAUUGUCUUAUGUGCCGUGUGCAUGGCACGGAAUGUUCAUUCCCUGAUGGCCGAGCGAAGAGGACACCUCAAAAAAGGCGUGCCUCCGAGGUUGCUCCGGUGCUACCAUCUCCAUCACUAAGGGCACCUGCUGCAUCUGCUCAGCCGCUGGGCGUAUUCCCCCUUGUGGCAGCUUCGCCUCAGUUCUCGGUUCCAGCACAGGGUCAAAAUGAUCAGGAUACACCUCUCUCUCUUGAAGCCGAAGAUGACAAUCCACACAUCCUCGGUCCGGCAGUGACUGGAGACAAUCAUGUCUUGGCUGAUUAUCUAUCAAAUAUUUCAGGUGGACAAGGGAUUCGCGAGAUCCGUCCCGUUGAACCUGGCAGCUCUUCGUCCCCUGUGAUUUUUACAAAAGUACAGAAAAGACCAUUCGGUCUGACUUGGAAUUCCAAUCCAGCCCUUCAUAAACUGCAGAUUAUUGAAAAGCUCGUUGAACCAUGGGGCUCACACCUCAUUGACCUUUAUCUGAAGAGGAUCAACCCCUGUCUACCCUUGCUUGAUGAAAAUUCGUUCCGAGCCCAAUACGCUAAUGCUAGACAUCGUAUCUCACCUGCCUUGCUAGCAUGUAUUUAUGCCCACAUGCUGACAUACUGGCAAUACGAUCCUCUUUUAUCGCGUGAAAGAUGCCCGGACGUUCGUUUUGUCUGGAAUCUUGCCAUUGAGGCCUCCUAUUCCGAGCUACACGCUUCUGCUGGAAUUUCAACCAUCAAAGCCAUUCUACUAGAUGUAGGUGGCCGACCAACAACGUCAAUGACAGGCAAUGGUGUCAGACUUGCUUCAGCAACUGCCUUGUGUCAUUCAUUGGGGCUAAACCGAAAUCCAUUACCAUGGGACAUUCCCAAAGCUGAAAAACAUUUGAGAAUGAAGAUAUGGUGGUCCAUCUUACUUCAUGACCGUUGGUCCAGCCUAGCAUAUGGCACGCCCCCUCAUAUCAGAAGAUCUCAAUACGAUGUGCCUUUACCAAUACCCGAAUAUCUGACGGGUUCGGAACGAGAUAGCGAUGCUAAUGCGGUGUUUAUUGAACUUAUGCACCUGACAGAAGUAUUGGACAUCUGUUUGGAGCACGUAUACAAUAUCCGUACAGCAGCAGAUCCUCCAACCAAGAACCUUGAGCUAGAAUUAAACAAAUGGGUGGAUUCACUCACUGGGAACAUUCGCAGGAUUGUCAUUCGAGGCUCGAAUCUUGAGACACCCGGAUCCUCAAAUUUGCGGCUCGCAUAUCUCGCAACGUGCCUUCUCCUUCGACGAAUUGAUUUAGACCGGGAAAGGAAAUCACAAGAUUCCAACGGAGAACAGAUGGCAAAUCGGGUCAUGGAAGCCCGCAGAACGGCUGAAGAUAUUGUGUUUUUGGUUCAAGAACUGGGCGAAGCACAGCUGGGGGACUUUUGGCUACCUGUCGUUGCAUUCACAUUCUCAUCAACAGUGACAUUCCUAAUCCGUUGCGCACUGGAGACGGAGCAGGCGGCUGGUCUAUCACAAAGCACCUCACUUCGAAUGGCGAAUGACUUUUUAAAUUCUUUGCGGUCGCACCAGAAGGAUUUUGGGUGGGACCUUGCUGAUAUCUGUUUAGCGCAGCAUUCGGAUGUCAUUGACAAGCUGUUGAAAUCGGGACCACCGGCAGUGGCUUCUGAUGUGGCAAGCGUUGAGUUGGGUCACCAUUUCAUGCCGGAUAUGUCGUUUGUGGACGACAUGUUUCCUAGCAUUUGGGAUACCCUACAAAGUAUAUAG